AUGCAGCACCGCCGCGAGGACGUCUGGGGCAAGGACUCGGGUGAUUUCAAGCCCGAGCGCUGGGAGGCCCGCCGCUCCGGCUGGGAGUACCUCCCCUUCAACGGUGGGCCGCGCAUCUGCAUUGGCCAGCAGUUCGCCCUCACCGAGGCUGGUUACGUCCUCGUCUGUAUGCUCCAGCGCUUCGACGGACUCGAGGACGUCCACGCCGACCAGAGGAUUAGGUGGGACUUGGCUUUAGUGAGCGCUCCUGGUGACACGGUUACGGUGCGCCUCCUCGAGGCUAGCCGGUAA